CCUUUGACCUAAGCAGAUUAUUGUAGAUGCAUGAAGGACACAGCAAGCAAUCCAUGCUUUUAAAGGAGGAGAUUUUGGCUCCAAAAUAGGACACUAAGCCUUUCAGCCUUAUGCUUAUUUACCUAGUCAGCACGAUGCAGUGUCUCUGGGUGCUUAGUGGCCUCUUGUGGAAUCAGCCGGGGAAACAAAAGCAGAAGUGGCAGCCGCUGCAAAUGUGGGAGCCUGUGCUAUUAAAGGGAAGCAGUUGCUAAUGAGGGCCUGUGAGACCCAGGUUUCCUUGGUUUCCAUGACAUUUAUUAGAACUGAGCUUGGCAAAGCAAGGAUAUGAACAAUUAUACAGGUGGGCUACUCAGGGGGAGUGAAGAUAUAAGGCAUCCAAUCAGGUAUUGGCAACCUGCAGCACUGUAAAAAUGCCCCUCCAACAGAUUUCUGUAGUCCCAGCGCGGGAGACUGCCAGCAAUGGGAGAAGUUCAAUGGGCAGAAACAAAGAGAAGAGCAAGGAAGUCGAGAAUGACAAAUCCCCAGGGCGCUCUGCAAGUCGAUCAAGUAACAUCUCAAAGGCAAGCAGUCCCACAACAGGAACAGCUCCCAGGAGCCAGUCACGGCUGUCUGUCUGUCCUUCCACACAGGACAUCUGUCGAUCUGCCACCUUGCAUGAUGCAUCAGAAGAUAAGUUUGAACAUGCAGCCUCUGUCAUGGUGCUGACCCCUUCUAGUAGGGAGUCUGGUAAGAAACAAGUAAAACGAAGGUUUAGGCGGAGAAAAGAGACUGGUGACACUGGUGUGCAUGCAGAAAAGCAAGGAAAGGGCAAAGACUGCAAAUUACACAGUGAGGUUGCAAACUCCAGGUGGAAUGCACUUCACAAGGAGACAUCUGAUUCAUCAUCUUCAGAUGAUAGUCAGUGGGCACAGGCUAGAAGGAGAUCCAGAGAGAAGGUCAAAAUGCCCCGGAGAGAGAGAAGGAGCAGUAGAUCAUGCAGUAACCAGGAUGGGUCCCCAAACAGUAAAGCCAUUGAACUUGUCACUCAUGGGACAACGGGGAAAAAGAAACAAGAGGUGUCUGAUUCUGAUAACCGGACUUUAAAUCACCGAAGAAGAAAGGUGUCAAGGUGUAAAGAAUCUUGCUUUUUGCAGUCUUCAGUGUCCUCUCAGGAGGCAAGGAGUUCCUCAAGAAAAUGUGGAAAAAACAAAGGGAAAAGCUACCACAGAGAUCUGCAGACUUCAUCUUAUCUUAGACCAAACAAAGAUCUCAAGGAAGGCUUUACAGAGGGAGGCUCUGGCAAUCAUGCUCUGGGAGUUCCAGAUAAUGAAGUACCUGUUGUGCCAGGGCCCAGUAUGACUGAUGCUGUUCAGAAACCUUCUGUUUCAUGUGAUUACUGGUCUGAUGAUGUAGAAUCGUGCAGGAUCUGUCACUGUGAGGGAGAUGAUGAAAGCCCCCUCAUCACACCAUGUCGCUGCACAGGAACCCUACGCUUUGUUCAUCAAGCCUGUCUGCACCAAUGGAUCAAGAGCUCAGACACACGCUGUUGUGAACUUUGCAAGUAUGACUUUAUAAUGGAGACCAAGCUCAAACCUCUUCGGAAGUGGGAGAAACUACAGAUGACAACAAGUGAGAGGAGGAAGAUAGUCUGUUCUGUCACAUUCCACAUUAUUGCUAUUACCUGCGUUGUUUGGUCAUUGUAUGUUUUAAUAGAUCGGACAGCUGAGGAAAUUAAGCAAGGCAAUGACAAUGGUGUCCUUGAAUGGCCAUUUUGGACAAAACUGGUUGUGGUGGCCAUUGGGUUCACUGGAGGCCUAGUCUUCAUGUACGUACAGUGUAAAGUCUACGUUCAAUUGUGGCGCAGGUUGAAGGCUUACAAUAGAGUGAUUUUUGUUCAAAACUGCCCAGACACUGCUAAAAAACUGGAAGAGAAGAAUUCUUCAUGCAUUCAGAACUCUGAAAUCAAGGAUGCUGUGGUAGUGCCAGUAUCACAGACAGGUACAAACUCACAGCCAUCAGCUGAAGAAAUGACUUCUGAGGUCAUGCCAGUUUGACAGAGGUGGCAGUCUUUCUUCACUUGAAGAAUAAAGUGUGAGUGUUUUCUACACCACAGCCGCUAAAGAAAGCAGAGAUGAUCAUGCAUACCAAGUAAAACAACACAAACCCUACCCAGGAAAAAAAGAUCCAGCGAAGCAACAUGUGUUACUUUAUGGAAUGUGACCAUUUUGUGAAGUAGUUUCUCAACUAGUCAGCCAGGUAGUGACAGUGGAAGUGUAGAAAGUGCAGUAGACAACAGUUAACAGACAAUGCCAAACAGACAUGACAAGUUGACCUUUUUAAACUGGAUGGCCAGGAAGAUAUUGGAAAGACCUGCUAUUAUUGUUCUGUUUACAGGGAAAAACAAACAAACCCUUUCCACCUGUUUAUUACUACUAAGGGUCUUAUUUGCUAAUUAUCUUCUUAAAAUACACUUCAAAGUAAUACCAUUAAGGUCACUCACGUAAACCCUCAAUCAACAAAGUUAACAGACCUACACCAUGGCACUCCUUUAAGCCUCAAGAAGUUACAUGCUUGUGUGCUAUAUUGGGUGCCUGAAUGUUUUGGUAGUUGUAUGAGUUGAGGAUAGCUGAAGGGUAGUAUUGAUCCAUUUGAAUAUACAUUCACAUUUUUGCAAAAAUAUUCAAGUCAGACUUUGAGUUCUCUAAUUGUCUCAACCCUUUCCUUGGUUCCAUAAAAUACAGAAGUUAUUUAGCCAGAAGGCUUCAGAAAAUUAUUAGAUUUUCCUGUCUGGAACAGGACCUCUGUUGCAGUACUUUAAAAAGUAAGUAAAAGAAACAUGAAUUCUCUGUUAUAUAAGCAUACUGGAUAUAGAAAGCUUUGUUCCAAAAUGGUAAAAGAUUAAGCAUAAACAUAAGUAUUACAGGUGGAAGCAUGCAAUCCACUCCAAAAGAACUUGACAUUGAAUUAUAUGUCUGAAGACUUGGGGAGAUAGAGGGAAGUAGUGGGAAUUUUAAACAUAAGGCUUUAUUUUUUAGAGUUUGUGAUACAGCAAUUAAGGUAGUCACAAGCAAGCAUACCUAGUCUUAAAAUGUUGCUGGUAUCUCCUUGCUCUGAUUUGGUUGAAAAAGUUAUCAGUGGAUUCUUUUAUAUGGGUAAGAUUGAGCUAUUAGCAAUUCAACAGUUCAGUUGUUACUUUUGUGUUUUGAGCAUUCUCAUGUUAAGUGAAGUGUGAAUAACAUUAACAGGUGCAAUAGAUAAAUGAAUGUAGAUAUAAUAAUGUGUCCAACAGAGUGAGUUAUAUAAAGAGAAGACUUUUGUGAUUUACUUCCAAUCUCUGUGGUGUUUAUUACUGGGACAGGAGAGGCAAGCUGGUGAGAAAUACGUGUGCAUUGAUUUGGGUAAGUCUGGGACAACACUUGAUAGCAGCUAGGGCUCCUUUUGAGCUUGUAUUACGAAAUUGACCUGGGGAGGGGGAUGGAAAGAACAAACACAUUCUUUCGAAGAGGUAGAAGACAAAUGUCUGUUGUAUUCAAAUGUCUGAGGUACUGAUAUUGGUGUGCUAAUUUUCUCCUUCUUUACUUCAAUGAAGUUUGGACAGGAUACAGUUUCAUAUCAAACUGCAAAGGUAUAAAGGCACUUUUAGAACAUUUCAUUCUGUUAUGUUUUUACACUUUAAGUUUGGAAUAAUAACCUUAAAGUAAAUAACAGCCAGGAGGAAACUGGUUUAUUCUUUAAAUAUUUAUUAAUGGGGACUACAUAAUUGAUUGUUCUAAAAUUUGUGUUCCCAAGGUAAUUAUUAUCAGAUUUUUUGGAAUUAAACUACAUUUUAUAAUUUUAAACCCCCAAACCCUGUUUCAUGCAAGAUGCUUAAAUCUAGAAUCCCAGCACAAGAUGCCAUUACCUCUUGUAUUCAAGCACAUGAUUUUUCCCUCUUUAGCCUAUUUGUUCCUUGGUUUGUAACAUUGCAAAGGGAAAAAAUCUUUAACAAAAACUACCCUCAAUGAAAUAUAUAUCUGAACAAUGGGAUGAAGAGGGAAAACAUAACAUUUAGUCAGACCAAAAGACCAUUAGAGUAAGAUUAACAUGGACUAUAGUUGGGCUUAAAUAAGGGCUUUGAUUCCUUAGAAUAGGGGUGCUCAACUUGGGCUCACGGGACAAAUAUGAGCCAUAGGGAUUCCAUGGAUCAGAAAACUUCGCAGCAGGGGAUGGGGGAAGCUCUGCGAGGCUGGCUCCAGCCUUACUUAGGCCAUUGAAACAAAGGAGUAUCAGGGCCAGGCCCUAUCCCUGAACGUCCAGAUUGGUCCAUAUUCCUCCCCUUCCAACCCUCCCAUGCCCUGAUCAGGGCAAUUCCAUGCCACCCUUCCACCCAGCAUACACAUCAGUGCUGCCCACCUCUUCUCCGCGUGUCCAGAUUGGGGCCGCUCUGUUUCCCUACCCCCUGAUACAUCAGGAUUGGGGCUGCCCUGCCCUGCCCGCCCCCCCAUGUCCAGAUCAGGACCACUUCACCCCCACCCUGGCCAGAUGGAUCAAGGUCAUGCUGCAGAACCUCUGCAGCUGGAUUGGGGCCAAUUGGCUGGAUGCAACCCACAGAGGGACCAGGCACUGCCCAUUUGGCCUGCAGGGCAAGAUGGUUGGGCACCACUGCCUUAGAAUGUUAUUGUAAAUGCUUUUUCUCCUUGUCCUCUCUCAUAGGAGGUUGAUUUGUGAUAGCUUGUGAAGACUUAGUGGUAGGCAGAAAGACACAUUUGCACUGUAUGAUAAGUCUUGCCUCCAAGAAAAAAAUAUGCAUAGUAGGCAAUACCUCAUUCAAUUCUUUGUCAUUUAUGGAAUUUAAUGGUCUGUAUUAAUCCAAUUACUUUAGUUUACCAGAGGCUUCUUUGUGCUGGCAACACAAAAGGAACACAUUUUUUUUUGUUGGAAAAAUAGAAGUCUAGUACUUUUUUUUUCCUUUUUUAAUGACAUGAAGUAAUGGUAUUGCAAGUAGAAGUUAAAGAUCAGGGAACACUGACAGACAUAAAUAGUCUUUCCACAGUGGACAGCAGUAAGUACCCAAAUCAGGUAAAACUUCAUCUUGGCAUGGUUAAGAAUUACAGGACCAAACCCUGGGACAGAUAUCCACCAUGACCUGCCCUUUCCUAGAUAUACUUAGUUCCAUUAAACUGCAUUAAUUUGGAAUGAAGUUCUGCCUCCUGGCUUGAGCAACACUCCUAAUUAAUUUGGGUGAAAGUUAUGCUUUAACAAAGGCUGCAGAACUACUAUACUAAUGAGCAAUUUUGGAAUAUCAACAAGAUGCUUCUGUUCUGUGUUAAACAUGUACCUCCUCUUUACUGGUUUCUUAAAAUGUUGCCAUUACAGGAAUGAAUUAUUUCAAUGAUUGAUUUAAAAAUUGGUAGCAACACUGAACCAUUUAUUUUUAUGCUAGCAUUAUGAAGAUUCUUAAGAAAUCCAAUGAUGCCAUGUCAUAUAUUGCUAUGCUUAAAAGACAGUAUUUAUUUUUCUGGCCUGCAGAAAGCAAGUUUCCUAUCACCAGGACUAGCUCUUUCUAAUUCUAAACAUUACAGUGAAAUGUAAUAUGGGAUGGAAAUAUUUUACUGUGUGUAAUAUUGGAUCAAGUUUGUGUUGUUUGUUUUAUCCUCUUCUCUUUUGCAAAAUAAAAAAGAUGAAUUUUUGGGUGAA